UUCUUUAAAACUUUUUUUUAUCGAAAUUAUCGAAAUUCCGAAAAUUCUUCCAAUUUUUCGUUAUUUUAUUUUCUUUAUUUUUGGUUUCGAAAUUUUUUAGUCAAAAAAAUUUUGCAGUUCGAUGACGUUCAAUCAUUGGUGAAGCGAAGAAAUGCAGAAUUAAUUAACGGUUUAAUCGGUAUGGAUCUGGGAAAACUGUCAAGCGUUGGUAAAAGAUCGAACGCCGAACUAAUCAACGGCCUAUUGGGAAUGAACUUAAAUCAGCUAUCCUCUGCUGGUCGACGAUAA